AUGCGGAUGGCGCCUCCGUGGUGGGCCACACUGUUUGAGGAUGGCGCGGCCACGGUGGGCCACUACACGGCCGUGCAGAAUAGCAAGAACGCCAAGGACAAGAACCUGAAGCGGCACUCCAUCAUCUCCGUGCUGCCCUGGAAGAGGAUCGUGGCCGUGUCGGCCAAGAAGAAGAACUCCAAGAAGGUGCAGCCCAACGGCAGCUACCAGAACAACAUCACGCACCUCAACAAUGAGAACCUGAAGAAGUCGCUGUCUUGCGCCAACCUGUCCACGUUCGCCCAGCCCCCACCGGCCCAGCCGCCUGCCCCCCCUGCCAGCCAGCUCUCGGGCUCCCAGACCGGGGUCUCCUCCUCGGUCAAGAAGGCCCCGCACCCUGCCAUCACCUCUGCAGGGACACCCAAACGGGUCAUCGUCCAGGCAUCCACCAGCGAGCUGCUGCGCUGCCUGGGCGAGUUCCUGUGCCGCCGGUGCUACCGCCUGAAGCACCUGUCCCCCACGGACCCCGUGCUCUGGCUGCGCAGCGUGGACCGCUCGCUGCUCCUGCAGGGCUGGCAGGACCAGGGCUUCAUCACGCCGGCCAACGUGGUUUUCCUCUACAUGCUCUGUAGGGACGUGAUCUCCUCCGAGGUGGGCUCUGACCACGAGCUCCAGGCCGUGCUGCUCACCUGCCUGUACCUCUCCUACUCCUACAUGGGCAACGAGAUCUCCUACCCGCUCAAGCCCUUCCUGGUGGAGAGCUGCAAGGAGGCCUUUUGGGACCGCUGCCUCUCCGUCAUCAACCUCAUGAGCUCCAAGAUGCUGCAGAUCAACGCGGACCCGCACUACUUCACACAGGUGUUCUCCGACCUGAAGAACGAGAGUGGCCAGGAGGACAAGAAGCGGCUCCUGCUAGGGCUGGAUCGGUGAGCCCCGUAGCAUGCAUCACGGCUCAAGGAUUCAAUUCAUUUUUAAAAAUUUAUUAUUAAACAAAUCAGAUUUUAUGUACAGUAUGUGUCUAGCAAAGCCACCAAGGGCCGAUCCCGGCCCACCUUCAGCCCUGCCAGGGCUUUUCUUCAGCUCUGCCAAGAACUCUGGGCGCGUUUGAACUCCUGGACCGUGUGCAAAACCCAGAAGAUGUGUUCAGAGCCACCCAGGCCCCCGACCUUCGACUUUGGGGGAUUCCAAGGACUGAUUUGCCUCUGUCGCCUGCGCCCUUGCUGGACCAGGGCAGGUGAGGCUGUCGGUCGCUCCCUGCGCGGGAGCUGGAGAGGGGCCUCUGGCCAGGUGACCCCGGGAGGAUUUGGCGCCUCUAGUGGGGGGCCCUUUUCUGGCUCCAGUUUUGGGUGGUCCAUUCUCCCAGAGGCUCCUGGAGCCGCCAUCCUGACUGAGCCGCAUGUGGGGUGGCGAGGCAAGCUGUGCCUCUUCGAUCUAGGAGAAGCCAGCCUGGUGCAAAGGUUGUGUCCUGUUGUUUGGCCGUGCACAACCCUCGUUUGCUCUUUUUUCUUUUUUAGGGAGAAGGGCUUUCCUUUAGUGGAGACACGGAACUUGCCCCUCAGUCCCCUUGUCCCCUGCUCCCGGCCAUGUCGGCAGUGUUGGUUAAUGAGCUGGUUUGACUCAUGAAGUUCUUUUAUUGUGGGUCCCAGCUCAAGAGGUGGGGUGAAGCUGGGGACACUCCUUUCCUGGGUGAGUGUUUCACUUGGGUCAUGCCGCUUAGUCACCCCGUGGUGAAGGCCAGGGCAACUGCGGUGCCCAUGACCACCCACCCGCCUGCCUCUGGCAGGGGGCGUGCCAGGCCUGAGACCAAGCCAGAGCCCACCUACGGGCUGAGGCCUCUUCUUGCUGGUGCACAGGCUGUUCUGCAGAGCUGGGGUGUGGGGGCUGGUAAGGAUGUACCCCCACCCCCUACUCCUACCCCUUUUCAUUUAAAGCUGUUUCCAGACAGUUCGGUUUCUUCUGAAGACGAAGCCUUGCCCUGCAAGGCCCAGGGAGACAGCUGGAUCUCAGAGACAAUUACAGGCCGGGGUAGGACUCCCGGUUGCUUUGUGAGCCUGCUGAUUCUACAACUGAUCAUUUGCAGCUGCUGGUUUUGGUUUCCACUUUAGUGGCUGUAAAAACACAGGAUAUGUACUUAAUCAAUUUUCUUUCUAAUUCUCCCAGAUUGGUGGCUUGGGACUUGGGAGAGGACCAAGAGAAGGGACCGAGUCUUCCUCCAUGGCCCAUCGCCCUGGCUUUGGGGAACAAAGAGCAGUGCGAAGGCUCCAGAGAAUUCGCUCUUCCCAGCCCCCCAGGGAGUGCUGGAAUGGGGGGUGGGUGGGGAGGCCGAGGCUCAUGUUACACAGGAUUAGGUCCCAGGUGGCUGCCAUCUCAGCACAAGCACUACUGAAAAUCACGUUAAAAAGAGCAAGCUGUGAAAUUGAGGUUGGCCCUAAGAGCCCGCGGCCAGCCCGCAUGUGCGGACGGGGGCCUGCCCAUGCGCGAGAGCAUUUGCCCCAGCUGCGCCUCGAGGCCCACGCCGAGCCGUUCAGGGGCCGCCAGAGAAGCUGAUGCAGGGCUGGGAGGACCCGCGGCCGCUGGCACAGACUUCACUGCAGCGCCUCUUUCUUCUCCGCUGGAUUGUCACCGGCCUGUCUGUUCAGAUCUGCUGCCACGUGUGACCUGAGGUAGGAGGCCCUAGAGGGCAGCGGGCCCUGGUGGCAUGGAAGAGGGUGGUUCGAUGCCGCGUCUCAAGAGGAGGGGCCCGUGUUUGCAGUCACUUGUUCGGCGGGCUGAACCUGGCCUGAAACUGCUCAGUCACAUCCACAGGAUUCCUGUUUUGUGUGUUUCCUUCUCUUUUUUCCAUAUUUAUUUUUUUUAUGUUCUGGAGGAGGUGCAGAGGUCAGGAGUGGUCGGGGACUAAGGACGUAACUCUAGUUCCAUCCAUGUGAAAGCCUGGCGCGUCCUCCUCCCUCCCCUUGCACUGGUCAUCAGUAUUGUGUAAAGGAACUGAUACACUUGAGUGUGCAAGCAAUGAACCCGUUUGACAUGCUGACAUGCUGCUAUGAAGACUACUUUUAGAACAACAUAAAAAAAAUACAGAAAAAAAAACUGACAAAAAAAAAAACCACCACCACCACCCCUUUAUUCUUUCAUUGUUGCUUUUACAGUGAUAUUGUGCAUGCCGACCAGGAGCAUUUUGUGUCUUAAGAAAAAUAAUCUUAGAACAGAUGGCUGUGAAAUUUACACCCGUGCACAGAACAAGUCACAGGAAUACUCGUUCAGGAUUUGGUUUUUCUCUUUCUUGUAAAGCUGAAGGGUUGAUAUAUUCUUUAAAUGCAGUUAUUAGGAGUUAGUUUUGUUCCAACAGUUGUUAAACUUGCAAUGAAAGGAAAAUGUGCCAUUUUUUUUUCACUCGGAAUCUUUUCAUAGCUGUAUAUUUGAAACUGCUAAUUACACAACGUGCGAUGUAUGUUGGUUUUUUUUAGUGCAAUUUCUUCUGUAGCUAUUCUUUGACCAAACUGUGGGUAUUGUUAAUAUUAAUUUAUAUUUGUCUCAUUCCGUAUGUAUGUGUAGCGUGUUUGUAAGUAUGUGUGGUUUAUAAUCUGACAAGGUCAUGAAGCUCAGUUUGGCUGUAAUUUAAUUCCCCUUCCCUUAUUUUUAUUUAUUUUUGUACCGUGCUGAUUAAAUAAAAUGCACUGACCAUCCAUUACAUAGA